CUGUCGGAGGUGGAUGAAGAAGCCCUGAUCCAGCUGUCGGUACCUGCGGAGCUGGCCCAGAAGGUGCUGCGGGUCUUGGAGAAGCGGUGCCAGGGCAGUGCUCAGCGUGACCUGCGCAGCUCCCACAUCUAUGCCAAAUACUUCCUCGGUAGCGGGGCCAAGCAGGAUGGCGGGGGGAGCACCGUGGUAUCCUCAGAGGGUGCCGGCUGCAGGAGCACUGGCUCUGAAGCCACGACAGCCAAGGCAGCGAAGGAAGACCUUUCUGCAGCCGCAGUGCCGCCCCGAGCCCCCGCUGUGGCGGUGAAGUCAGAUUCCCAGCUGUUCAGCGAGCUCCUUGAGAGGGAAGGGCUGUUCUUCCCCGAGGUGACAGAGGAGCAGAUCAAAGUGUUGGGCAGCUCCGAGGGGGUGAGCGAGAGGGGCUCGCUGUCCAAGAUUGCAGCCAUGGUGGAUGUGAUCCAGAGCAGCAGCUCAGAGGUGGGGCUGCGCUUAGCUGGGCUCAAGCACAUCAUGAAGAUCCUGGAGGAGGAGCCUGAGCCCCAGGAGCAAGUCGGCAAAGCCCAGGGUGGGCUGGGGACCAGGAGUGUUGGGGAGAAGCUGGUGAAGGUGGCAGUAGAGCUGCUGAGCACUGAGGUGGCAGAGAAGGCCCUGGUGGUGGUGACGCUGCGGCUGCUGGCCGUACUCAUGGCGAAGUAUGACUGGCGCAUGCUGUUUGCCACGGAGGGCGGUGUGCGGGCUGUGCUGGCCUGCAUGCAGCAGCACGCCUCCUCUGCCCUGGUGCAGCAGGCUGGCCUGGCGGCCCUGAAGGUGCUGGUGGGAGCUGUGGCCGGCGAGCCAGGAGGUGCCGGUGGGAAGCCCUUGCCCCUGAACCAUGCUGACGCGCAGAUGAUGCGGGAGAUCUUUGCCAGCAUCGGCUCUGCCUCCAGCGAGGGCUCAGCAAGCCUGCUGAGUGCCAUCCCUGCUGCCAUGAGCACCUUGCAGAGGGUCCCAGGGGGCUCCUCAGGCGUGCAGAACGGCUUGCUGGUGGUGAACAUGCUGAUCGACAGCCACCGGGGCCUGGCGGAGCAGCUGGCAAGCUGCGAUCUCCCCACGGUGCUGCAGAGCUGCUGGUGGGACAGGCAGAGCACUGGCUGCCCUCACGCCAUGCUGGCCCUCAGUGCGAUCAACCGCCUUGCGGAGCACCGGAUACCCCUGGGCCCAGAGACGGCAGGCAGAGAGGCCCCACUGGACCUGAGGGAUGUGCCGACGCUUCUGGACGGCCUGGGGGACGGCACCUUGUCCAAGGACGUGGUGGUGGCCCUGGAGCGGCAGCUCUGCGGUGAAGGCCCCGUCCCCUCUGGCGAGGCAGCCCGGCUGCUGCAGGACCACAGGUGCUUCAGGCUGCUGCUGCACAGCUUUGAGCUGCUGGGGGCGGAGAAGGCUGUGAGCCUGAGCAUCCUCAGGAUCCUGAACAAGUUCUUGGACGGUUACCAGGAGGAUGAGCUGCCCUGGCACGAGUGUGUGGAGCCCUGUUUGUCUUCCCUGAGUGCCCACAGCAGUGACCGGGAGGUGGUGCAGGAGGUCGUUGGCUUCCUGCACCGCCUGGCCACCGCCAGCAAGGACUGCGCGGUGGUGAUGUGCCGUGUAGGCACCCGUGAGGCUCUGUCCAAAGCCCUGGACAAGCACAGUACGGCUCCGUCGCUGGCGCCAGCCCUGCUCGACCUGGUGAUUGACUGUGAGAAGUACGCCAGCCUCUACAAGAAGCUGACGACGAGCAUCUUGGCUGGCUGCAUCCAGCUGGUGCUGGGGCAGAUUGAGGAGCACCGCCGGAGCCACCAGCCCAUCAGCAUCCCCUUCUUUGACGUCUUUCUGCGCAACCUGUGCCGAGGCUCCAGCGUGGAGGUGAAGGAGGACAAGUGUUGGGAGAAGGUGCAGGUCUCCUCCAACCCGCACCGGGCCAGCAAGCUCACGGACAGGAACCCCAAGACCUACUGGGAGUCGAAUGGCAGCACUGGCUCCCACUUCAUCACCGUCCACAUGCAGUGUGGUGUGGUGGUCAGGGAGAUGAGCAUGCUGGUGGCCAGCGAGGACUCCAGCUACAUGCCAGCCCGUGUCGUGGUGCUGGGGGGAGACAGCCCUGCCGCCAUCAGAACUGAGCUCAACGCGGUGACCGUCCUCCCCUCAGACAGCAGAGUGAUCCUGCUGGAGAACAUGACCCGCUUCUGGCCCAUUAUCCAGAUCCGGGUGAAGCGGUGCCAGCAGGGCGGCAUUGACACACGUGUGCGUGGCAUCGAGGUGCUGGGUCCCAAGCCCACUUUCUGGCCCAUCUUCAAGGAGCAGCUGUGCCGGCGGACGUUCCUCUCCUGCACUGCUCGGGCUCAUGCCUGGUGCCAGGAGAUCUGCCGGGACCGGGGGCGACUGCUGCAGCUCUUCGGCAGGCUGAACCGGGCGCUGCGGCACGAGCAGGGCUUUGCCGACCGCUUCCUUCCUGACGACGAGGCGGCCUGGGCCUUGGGCAGGACGUGCUGGGAGGCCCUGGUGAACCCCUUGGUGCAGAGCAUCACCAGCCCAGACCCCCACGGCGUCAGCCCCCUGGCCUGGCUGCUGAGCGAGUACCUGGAGAGCGUGGAGCCGCCCCGCCGCGCCACGAGCCGUGGUGCUGUCUUUGGUUCCCGUGUGCGGCGCCUGACCCAGCUCCUGGUGCACGUGGACCCCAGCGGCCCAGAGCCAGAGGAGGCAAGAGCAGCUGGCGGGAAGGAGGGGAAGAACAAGGAGGUGCCGGCCAGGGCUGCGAAGGCAGUGGUGGAGAAGUCGAGCAGCCUGUGGGGCAUCUCACAGUGCUGGCGUGGCGUGGUGCAGCAGCAGGUGCAGCGGUUCCUGGAGGCGGCAGGGCAGGCGCCGGACCUUGUGGAACGAUACUGUGGGCUGUACCAGCGCCUGCGUGGUGCCACGGAGGAGCUCUUUGGGCAGCAGGCUGCCUUUGUGCUGGCCCUGGGCCAGGGCUUCGCGGGGGCUUUGCUGCAGCUCUCCUUCCUUACCACCCUGCAUGUGAGUGAGCAGUUUGCCCGCUACCUUGAUGGGCAGAUCCAGGAGCUCCACAGGGCUGCGGGCAGCGCAGGGCCGCUGCAGUGGCUGCAGCAGAUCCUGGAGCCCUUCGUCGUUUUCAGUGGCCUGGAGCUCGCCCACACCUUCGAGCACUUCUACCGGGCCCAGCUCGGGGCUUGGCUGACCCUGGGCUGGGUGCUAGCUCCAGGUGCGCUGCGGCUGAACCAGGCAGCCCUGGCCCAUGCCUCUGGCCGCCAGCUGAGGCUGCUGCCCCGGCAGAGGUACCUGCGGGCGGAGAGGGCUGAGGUCAGUGCCCUGGAAAGGAAGAGGAACGUCCUCUGCUGCCUCAUCACCCGCAUCCUCAAGGUGGAGAAGCAGCUCCACAUUGACAACCUGGUGUUUAGGGUGAUUGAUGCCUGUCAGAAGGGUGAGUUGGGUCCAGGGCUGCAGUUCCUGAGCUUCUGCUGCCACAGCGUGGACGUGCUGUCCUGUGUCCUGCACCUGCUGAACCAGGGCUAUCUCCGGCGCCAGGAGGAGAGGCCUCAUGUCUUGGAAUACAUCUCUGCUGAGCCCACAACACCUCUUGGGGGCCAGGCACAGAUGGUUUUCCAGAGCAGGCCACCAGAGGCAUCUCAGGAUAAGGACAGCAUAGACUGCCUGUAUUGGUUGAAUCCUGGCAUAGGCAGGUCGGAGGAGUUUCUCAUGGCAAUGCUGCAGGUGCCAAUGGGGCACACACUUAGUCCAGAGGAGGCGAAGCUGCUCAUGAACCAGACAGUACAGCAGGUCCAGGAUACUCUGAGCAUCCCGGAUGAUGUUGCUCGGCACCUCCUCAUGCACUGCAGGUGGAAUGUGGAUUUCCUGAUCCAGUGCUAUGUGGAGAACCGUGAGACCCUUCUCAUCUCCUCGGGGCUGCAAGUGCAGGAUGCCCAGCCCACCCCGAGCCCAGGAACCCACUGCCCAGUCUGUGUGAACCAGCUGUGUCCCACUGAGAAGCCACCAACCCUCUGCUGCAUGCACUACUGCUGCAAGCCCUGUUGGAGUGAGUAUCUCACGACUCGCAUUGAACAGAACAUGGUUGUCAACUGCACCUGUCCCAUAUCCGAGUGCUGUGCACAGCCAACUACAGCCUUCAUUUGUUCCAUCAUUUCCUCCGAGGAGAUUAUAGCCAAGUAUGAAAAAGCCCUCCUCAGAGGCUAUGUUGAGUGUUGCUCCAACCUGACGUGGUGCACCAACCCUCAGGGCUGUGAUCAGAUCCUCCUUAAGGAUGGACUUGGUUAUGGGGCAGCCUGUUCCAAGUGCUCCUGGAUAUCCUGCUUCAACUGCAACUUCCCAGAGGCCCAUUAUCCUGCCAGCUGCAGCCACAUGUCUCAGUGGGUGGAUGACGAUGGGUACUAUGAGGGCAUGACAAGUGAAGCCCAAAGCAAACAUCUGGCUAAGCUCAUUUCGAAGCACUGCCCAAGCUGCCAGGCUCAGAUAGAGAAAAAUGAGGGGUGCCUGCAUAUGACAUGUGCAAAGUGUAAUCAUGGCUUCUGUUGGCGUUGCCUCAAGCCCUGGAGGCCGACUCAUAAGGAUUAUUACAACUGCUCCGCUAUGGUGAGUAAAGCAGCUUGGCAGGAGAAGCGUUUUCAGGAUUACAAUGAGAGAUGCACCUUUCAUCAUCAUGCAAGGGAAUUUGCCAUGAGUCUGAGGAACAGGGUUUCUUCCAUCAGUGAGAUGCCAAAAAUUAGGACUUUGACUUUUGUUCUUGAUGCCUGCAAAGUGCUAGAACAGGCACGGAAGGUGCUGGCCUACUCCUGUGUGUACAGCUACUAUAACCAGGACACUGAGAGCAUGGAUAUUGUGGAACAGCAGACUGAGAGCUUAGAGCUGCACACUAAUGCUCUGCAGAUCCUUCUGGAGGAAACCCUGCUGCAGUACCAGGACCUGGCCUCUUCUCUUCAGCUCCUGAAAGCAGAGCACUUCAGUGCUGGUUUGGAGUUGGUACACCAGAUCAAGGAGCGUCUCUUUGCAAUUCUCUGGCACUCCACACAGGAUUUCCAUGUUGGGCUCCAGACUUUGGCAGACCCUGGUCAGAGAAAGGUGAAACUCUCAAACGUGCUUACUUCAGCGCCUGCCUGUAUAGGGCCAAAACAUACCAUCUUGUGUGACUCCCCCAACACAGACGAAGGUGGCAAAGAGGUUGAAGAUGAGGAGUAUGAACCACAGUGGCAGGAAGACUAUGAUGAUGAUGAUGAUGAUGACGACCUUGAUGAAGACAACUUUCUGUUUGAUGAUGAGUCAGAUAACCUUGAUUGUGACUCCUACUUUGAUGUUGAUGAUGCCUACGACUAGAAGUGGGCUGUCACCCAGCCUGCCAGCCUGGACCUCUGCCUCUACUCUGUCUCGACCAGUUUGUAUUAGUGUCUUUCCUCAAUGACAGUGAGGAGCUCUCAGGCAGAAUGAAGAGACGUUUCCUCUGGGGGCUACUUGCUCAGUGACUCCCCUUUAAUAUGCAGAAACAUUGCUCUGGACAGAUGGGCUGUGUUACUGUGGCCACCUCCCUCAGAAAGACAUGUCCUCGCCUUUCUUCCUUGUCUGCAUUUCUGCCCAUAGGUAUCUAGUUGAGUUAGAAAGUCACAGUCUAGCUGCAAAGUGAGGACUACUUGCCACCUAAUAAAGGACUGCUCAGUGUCCUUGGGCGUGUUCUCCCCAAGGACUGGGCACAGGUGAGUGGGGCAUGUGUCCUAGCAUGGCACUGUCUAAUCCAACCAGUGUCUAGAAAUACUGUAAAGCGAUGUGUUUACACUCAAGUCAAAGCCUCCCGUCUGGAGCUGGUGGGAUUCCCUCCAGAGCCACAGAUGGAUGUGGUUCCGUGUGUUCUUCUAGUUGAGGAGGACAGCUUUUUUGCUGUUUGUUGGAGUUGUUGUCUUUGCUGUGAAGCAGGAUGGGCUGCUAUGAGUGGCACAAGUUUGCAGGACUGUUUUUAAGUGUAUAAAUGUAUGCACGCACACACACACACAUAUAUAUGAGAUAUAUAUAUAUAUGCAGAGGUUGUUCAGAUAAUACUUUAUCUUUGCAAAAA